AUGCACUUUAACUCCUUCCUCACCGUCGCUUCCGCCCUAGGCCUCGCGAGCCUCGCCGCCGCCGACAACGCGCACUCCAACCUGGACUGGUACGGCCCCAAGCAGGUGCAUACCCAAGUGUGCGGCCACCCCGGCGAUGAGCACCCCGAGGACUGCGACCAGUUCUACAACGACGUCCGCGACGAGCUGCACCAAAAGGUCAUGGGCACCUGCAAGGAGGCGUCGUGCUCCGGCUCCUUUGAGCACUUCCGCUUCCAGGUCACCGUCGACGCCAUCUUCCCGCCCGAGGCCAAGGGCGAGUUUGACGAGCAGAUGCGCAACAUCAUCGGCAAGAUGCUCACCCACGAGAACCAAAAGGCCAUUACCCCGACCCCCAUCGAGACCAAGUUCACCAUUCCUAGCAAGAUGAUUCUCAACCGCUUCGGCGACGGCAACGAAAAGGGUCACCUGGAGAUGACCGUCACCGUCGACGACGAGGACGGUCUUUGCGAGCUAUUCCAGAAGAUUGGUACUGCCGGCAGCGUCAUUCCGGAAGUUGGUCCCUUCUUCGGCCUCAUUAACCUGGCCGACUGCUAG